GGGGGGGCUUGGGACAGUAACAAAUUCAUCCAUCUAACUAUGCCUGAACUUGAGACAACCCUAGCAAGUCUAUGUGGCUUCUAAGGAAGAAGUCAGCAAUAAGCAUGUGUUGUGCUCUGCCCUGUGGAAUUCUGACCAGUAAGAAUUUAUCCAUGUUCUGUAAGCAUAUUAUCUCUUAUUAGCGUUUUUCUAAAUUUAAAACCACAAAGUUCCAAGAUUUUAGGCACCCAAAAGUGUUCAUACAACUUAGUAAUAAGAAUUUUCAUUCAGUUAUUUUAAUGCAUCUUUACCAGUUAGAUGUAUGUAGGAUACAUUUCAUUCCAUCAAACUUCAGUCCUCUGUGAAACAACCUCAAGCAGAUGCUUAUUAGAUAUUUGAUUUCUGAAUAGUUUUGAGAGAGAGAAUGGAAAAUCUAGUUUCAGAGACCUGCGAGCAUCAGAAAAUAUCCUAUUUUUUUUACCUGUGUCUUUUAUAACAAGUAGAAUCUAUGGUUUAGGUAUCUAUACUGAAUGCACUGAUGGAACUACAGUACAAAGAAAUUGAUGAUCCCUGUCUUAGCAUAUGAGACUUCAUCAUUUAAAAUCUUAAAUUCUACCCAGAGUGUGAUAGGUAAAAUAGUCAGACCUUGUAGACUAAAAGUUUACAUGCUUUCAGUGGUAGGGGCUACCUUUGUCAUUGUGGCCACAGUUAAUGUGGCACCGACGCUCUUUACUUUGUAGUUUUCUUUAAUGGUUAAGAACCUGGUGUCUUUUAGAGCGUAUUUCCUUUUUCCUUUCCUACUUGGACAAUUCUGCAUAUUAUGUUACAAUUUCUGGGUUAAUAAUAAUAAGAGAGGUAAAGAGAAAAUUGUAAAAGAAACUUAGUAGAAAUUAUGACAAGAUUUUAAAGCGUAUCUGACUGUCAUUAUGCAAAAUAAAUCCUUCUCGUUCAUCUAUCCUAAGCCACCUCCUGUGCCCUCUUAGCUCUUGCAGUGUUUUUAUGGGUACAAAAACAUGUGUAAGAGUAAUGAUGAUCUGUACUUCUCUUUUCCAGUGCAAUAACAGAAGGACUUUGAACUAAAAGGAAACCUUCUAGGGUUUGUCUUCCAUAAUCUUUUUAAAAUCUGCAUGUGUUAAUAUAUAUAUAGCUCCUGCAAUUUUCAGUUUUCUCUGUGACUCCCAUAUGUAAGAAAGCAAACUCUCAUCCCUGCUCUCUACAAAAAAACAUGCCUUUAUUCAGUACAAUGCAGUGCUUUUGUUUAUGAUGCAAUUAUUUUUUAUUCCUCCCCUUUAAAUGUUGUACAAACUGUCCCCCUUUCUAACAAACCUAAGAGCUGAUAAAGGGCAUGCCCAUUAUUGCUAUUACAAGUUGUUUUGUUUCUUCCUGUAAUACACCCUACCUUGGCAAUGCAGCCUCUCAGUUACCAUUUCAUUUGACCUAUAAAUCACUCUGCAGCAUGCAAAGCAACCAUAAAUGCAGAGUAAAUGAGAGCCUAACUUGACAAGUAUUAUAUAUAUGGCACAUUCCAAGGCUGUGCUUUGUAGUAUUCAUGUGUGCUUUAUUCCUUCCAGGAGGAAAUGAGGAAAUAUGUAGAAUCGUAAAACAAAUAAAUACAUAAAGAUCAGGAAAAAGGAAGGGAUGGAGGGAGAAUAUUUAUUUUUGCUAAUGAAGAUCUAAGGGAUUUUAAAAGAAUCUGAGUUCUCAGCUUUGCAGCUAGCUGUCUGAUUAAUACAAUAGAAAACCCUGGUUUUUUAGACUUUGAGAAAGCUGUUUAAAGUAUUUGAUAUGCUUGUUUCUAGAAAUACUGUAUCUGAUGAUAUUAAAAAGAAAAGCCCAUUAACACAGUGAUGAACGCUUAGUGUCUUUUUGCCUAUCAAAAAUUCAGAAGGAACUUAACUGCCCAAAGGAUCUUAGUCUAGCAUACCAUUGUUCUUUUGCUGUGUUUGUUAUAGAAAAUAUGCCUCUUGUGUAAUACUGGGAAUAAGAAUCUGCAUCUUCUCUCUUCUGGCAUGAAACUGCAGCAUGACCACAGCCCAGCCACCAGCUACAAAGGAGCAGGAACAACAAAAGGACCUGAGCACACGUGAACAUCUCGAUGUUUGUCUAGAGUACCUGAUGCCCUUGUGUUACUAAUUGUCCAGCAAAGAGAAGUCUCACCAUCUUACUUGGACAGGAAGCACGGGGAUAACACUGACAUCCAGGAUUCUACCAAGGUUGUGAUGCAAGAACGAUCUACAGAGGAGCUCCACAGGGGCCACCCGUGUGAGAGCAAACUAACUGAGCACACUGAACCACUGGUUAAAAGCAGAAAGACAGUGGUGACAGGAGGUGGAGGCUACCUGGGAUACAAUCUGGGAUGUGCUCUUCUCAAGUCAGGCGUUGCUGUUGUUCUGUUUGAUGUACGGAAACCUAAGUGGGAAAUUCCAAAUGGAGCAGAUUUUUUCAAGGGUGAUGUGAGGGAUUAUGAUGCAGUGUUCAAAGCAUGUGAAGGGGCUGACUGUGUUUUUCAUGUGGCUGCUUGUGGAAUGUCAGGAUUAGAACAACUUCAAAAGAAAGAACAGAUUGAAUCCAUAAAUGUUGGUGGCACAAAAAUAAUAAUUGAUGUCUGCAAACAAAGAAAUAUCCCUAGACUGAUAUAUACCAGUACAGUGAAUGUGGUAUUUGGAGGGAAUACUAUUGAAGAAGGAGAUGAAGAAACUGUGCCAUAUUUUCCACUGGAAAAGCAUUUUAAUCAUUAUUCUAGAACGAAGGCAAUUGCAGACCAAAUGGUUCUUGCUGCUAAUGGAACUUUACUCAAAGGAGGUGAUAAGCUCCAUACUUGUGUGCUUCGUCCACCAGGCAUAUAUGGACCAGAAGAGCAGCGCCACCUGCCACGAGUAGCUAUAAAUAUCCAGCGGAGACUAUUUAACUUCAAAUUUGGGAAUCACAAAGUUCAGAUGAACUGGGUUCACAUAGGAAACCUAGUACAAGCUCACUUACUAGCUGCUGAGGCUCUCACCUCUGAGAAGGGUUAUGUAGCAAGUGGACAAGCGUAUUACAUACAUGAUGGUGAAAAUGUCGUAUUUUCCGAAUGGAUAGUCCCUUUAUUUGAAAAAUUAGGCUAUAGGAAGCCCUGGAUACAUAUUCCUGUUCUCCUGGUUCACAUUGCAGCCACUGUGAUGGAGUAUCUGCACCUGGCACUAAAGCCAGUUUUUAUCUUUACACCUUUCUUGACAAGGAAUGAGGUGUGGAACGUUACUGUAACUCACACUUUCAGAAUAGAUAAAGCACGAAAUCAACUUGGUUAUAAACCAAAGAAAUUCUCAUUAGCUGAUUCUGUGGAUCAUUAUCUUAAAACAAGACCUAUUUGCCAAGAAGAUCACACAUUCCUUAAAAUGUUGUUUGCUUUUGGCCUUUUAUUAAGUUUGAUGAUUCUUUAUUUCUUCUAAAACCAAAUAGCUACCCACCUGUUCCAGAAAAACUAAUUUUGUUUCUGAGUAUUAAUGAUCUGGUCAUAGUAUAUUCCUCAGUCACUAUGGAAUUGAUUGUUCUUAUUCCUUAUUCUUAUCACUGUGAUGACUUCUCUCUGAUCUUAAAAACAAACAAACAAAAGUGAAAAUGCAAAGCACAUCAAUAAAUGUUCUCAUAGGACAAAAGCAAAGGAGUGUCACAAAAUCAAAGGAGUUCACUACCAAUGGAUGGAGGAAGAGUUUUAAUGAAUCUUCGUUAAUGGAUUACUUCAUACUGAGAAUAUCUUUCUAAAAGUGCGAAUCCAGGAGCAUAAGAAAUUGGAAGAGGAACCAAUGUAGCACUGCAGUGCUGUAGCAAGGUUGUGGCCCUAAUGAAGAAACUGCUCUGAUGAAGCCGCUGCUACAGCUGUGUGAGGAAUUAUGAAGACCUGGGAAAUAUAUAUAUAAAAUAAACAUAAAUAUUUAUAUAGUAUGUAUAUAUAACAGGUGGGAGAGGACUGAAUGUCAUAUUUAUGUGAAAUAGUUUGUUGUUCAAAAUGUGUGUAAAAGAUGUAAUAAAGUAUCAUUACACGUGUUUGUAAAUGAAAUAUUUUUUUGAUGCAAUAAUAAAUCAUAACUGAACCAGC